UAUCGUUCUGGAAAAGGUGCGCUUCCCUCUCGGGCUAUGUGGCUGGUCCUGUGGAUGCCAAAAGCGGUCCUACACUGCACAAAAUCGAUACAGGAAGUAGCGACAGGAACGCCUGGCUCUCUUUUGCUGAGCAGGAGCAGUUUUGUGGCUGAAUGGGGGCGGAUGCUCCUUUGUACCAGACUGGCUGCUGUCACUCGAAUGCUGCUGUGUGGGUCUGAAGCGUGACGGUCCACAUUUCUUUCUUUUCUCUGUGAACUGUACUAUUCUAUCUCUCUGUCUUUCGUUGCGCCUGCAGCUCUCUGAUUAAGGAAAGCGGCAUUUUUUAUUUUUUUAUUUUUUGCUUUGAGUGCAUUGAUUGCUGCACUUGCCUGGCCUUAUAAUGAAAUCAUUUACUUCGGAAUGACAUCAGUGAGAUAUUUGAACAUUUAUUGAUUUUACAAUCAUACCUGACCAAUUAGAGACAGCGUUUGGGCCAAAGCCACGCCCAUUCAGAACUCGCUAUGCUAAUCAGCAUUCUAUAUGCUUAUUCUUUUUCUUCGUCUUCGUCUUCGAUGCCAUCUUGCGUUACGGAGUGAAAAGACAACAAGUACUGAACAAUAAAUUCACAUCCGAACUGUCUUAAACACACUUAGAAUGUAAAUAAAUACAUUCCAUUGUGUAAGUCUACAUCAAAAUAACCCCUCAGACACCUAAAUAAUUUAGAAAUAGGAUGAAGGUAUAAAUAUUUAAGCAGAAAGUCAUUAGAUACCUGAGGCACAUCCAGGACAGAGGAUCAUUUGGAAAGCUAAACUAUUAGUUGUUUUAAAAGAAAUAUUGUUGAGCGGUUAUUGAAAAUGAUGGUAGUUGAUGUGUUGGAGACAAUUUGGGAGACCUACCAGACUAAAGACUCCGUUUUACAGCCUAUGUGGGACUACGUGCGACUCAACCACUCUGAAACUCUUCGUUCUCCUCUCUUUCCUGUGAUUCUGACCGUAGCGUCGUAUUUUGUUCUUUGCCUACCUUACCUAGUCUGCGACAUCAUGGGAAAAAAGUGGCCGGCUAUUAGCCGGUACAAGAUCCAGCCUGACAAGAUGCCCACAACUGCAAUGCUCCUUCACUGCAGUGGAGUUACUCUUUAUAAUCACGUUCUUCUGGUGUUUCCUGCAGCGGUAGCGCAGUGGAUGUGGAGACCUCCUAUUCCCUUACCUGAGCAAGCCCCUACGUUGCUUGAACUCGCAGGUGGGGUGACUGGAAACCUUCUUCUGUUUGACUUCCAGUAUUUUAUCUGGCACUUUUUGCAUCAUAAGAUCCGCUGGCUGUAUGUGACUUUCCAUGCCAUCCACCAUAAGUACUCUGCCCCGUUCGCUCUGGCCACUCAGUGCCUUGGUGGAUGGGAGUUGGUCACGGUGGGCUUCUGGACCACGCUCAACCCUAUUCUGCUGAGGUGUCAUCUGGUCACCACCUGGAUGUUCAUGGUGGUCCAUGUCUACGUAUCAGUGGAAGACCACUGCGGAUAUGAUUUCCCUUGGUCCACGUCUCGUCUGAUCCCAUUUGGUGUUUACGGAGGUCCGAGCAAGCAUGAUGUGCACCACCAGAAACCUAAUACUAACUUUGCACCACAUUUUAGCCACUGGGAUAAAAUGUUCGGCACUCAUGCUGAUUUUAGUUAUGCUAAAACUCGAUGAACAUGCUUGCAUGUAAAUGUAUAUUAAAGUUGCAUGUUUGGUUGCUUUAGGCAGAGCUCAAACAAUGGAAAACUUAUGACUUUAUUUGUGCAGGAAGAGUAUAAAAAGUAUAAUUCAAAAAGCAAUACUUUGUGCAUAGAGAUUAUAGUACAGGGUAAUUAGUACAGCAUAGCUAUAAUUAGUUCAUUACUUAAAAUAAGUACAAAUCAGUUUGUUUUGUCAAGCCCUUCACCAUUAAAGAAAUUAAAUCUUGUGUUUAUUUCAUUUCAUAUAGUAACAUAUUCUAAAGUUGGGAACCUUCUAUUUAUUCAUUUAUUAACAACUUUAGCUUUAUUAUAUUAGCAUUUAAACUAGUUUUAGAUAUUAUACAAAUAUAUAUACGUUUAAAAUGCAUAAGAAAAAAUGUUUUAAAAACAAUUUACAUAAAUUCAUUCGAUUAUCCAUAAUUUUAUAGCCUGAUCAUAUAGUGACCUUUAUGAUUUAUUACUGUAAAACGUUUAUUGAAGCAUGUUUUACAGGAAAAUAUUAUUUCAGUCUAUCUGCCUAGAAAUAUAUUUCAAUGUAAUUAUUUGUGAAAUUUACUAGCGAUUUCAUAACCCCCCAGUUUAUUUAUUUAUUAUUUAAAUAUUUAUUUAUUGUGGAUUUAAAUGUGAGGAAAAAUCAUUGUAAUACAUAAUAAGCUAUAUAUAGUAAUACUAUAUAAAUAUUUAUAAUAAAGUGUGGAAAGGCAAAUAUGUACAUUUAGAUAUUUAUAAAUUUUUUUUUGUUCUUCCUACAUGGUAGAAAGACACCAAAAAUGAUUUUGAAAGUUUAUCAAAGCAUGUUUUACAAGAAAAUAUAAUUUCGGUCUAUCUGCUUAAAAAUGUAAUGUUUAUUUCAGUGUGUUACUUGCUGUUUCUUUGUAAUUAUUUGUGAAAUUUACUAGCAAUUUCAUAAUGAAAAUUGUUUCAAAGGAAAUCAUACGGCAUUUAUUUAUUUAUUUAUUUAUUUAUUUAUUUAUGGUGGAUUUACUUGUUUGGGUCCAAACUGUGGCACUAUAUGAAAUGUGAGGGGGAAAAAAUCAUUUUAAUACAUAAGCUGUAAUACGUUACAACUGUAAAACAGGUGUGGAAAGGAAAAUAUGUAAAUGUAGAUAUUUCUAAUUAUGUUUUGUUCCUCCUACAUGGUAGAAAACCCCCCAAAAUGAUUUUUUUUUUAAGUUUAUUGGUGCAUGUUUUAAAGGAAAAUAUUAUUUUAGACUAUCUGCAUCAAAAUUUCAUAUUUAAUUCAAUCUAUUACUUGCUGUUUCUAUGUAAUUAUUUAUUAAAUUUACUAGCAAUUUCUUAAUUCAUUUUAUUGUAUUAAGUUGUAACACCAUUAUUUUUUUUCAUUUAUUUAUUUGUUUAUUUAUUUUGCAUGUUUUACAAGAAAAUAUUAUUUCUGUCUAUCUGCUUCAAAAUUUUAUGUUUUCAUGUGUUACCUGCUGUUUCUUUGUAAUUAUUCAUGAAAGUGUUUACUAGCAAUUUCAUACAACAAAUAUUUAACUAGUGGAUUUAUUUGUUUGGGUCCAAACUGUGGCACAAUACGAAAUGUGAAAAGUUUUUAUUGUUGUUGUUGUUGUUAUUAUUAUUAUUAACAACAGAUGUGGAAAGGAAAAUAUGUAAAUUAGGAUAUUUCUAAUUAUUUUUUGUUCCUCUUACAUGGGUGAAAGACACCUAACCAAGCAUGAUAAAUCAAAAGCAAAUUUCACAAGAGGAAGAAAAUGUGCAAAGAACCUUUAUACAAUUUGCAUAUGCGUGUGAUCUCAAAAUAGAUUGCACUGCAGUUACAUCUUAUUUCAAAUCCUGUUUUAUCUCUAAAUAAUAUUCUUAGUGUUGUUAUUCAAGACUCAUUAUUAACAUUUAAACAUUUAUUGUUUAUCUCAUAGACCAGUUGACCUUAAAAACCAGCCUGCAGUCUUAAAUGAGCUUCAGCCAUGUGUUGGGUGUAUGCAUGUAGGCUUACCAUUGAUCUGAUUGAUUGUGAUUAUGCAAUUCAAUGAUGUAACAGCAGGUGUCAGUAAAGAGAUUAUUAGUUAAAUGCCUUUGUGUAACGUCAACUUGCAUGUGAACCUCUACUUUCUAUAUUUAUAAGUCGGUGUUUUGAACAGUACGAAAAUAUGUCGAUCUUCAUAGUUACAAAAGACACAAAAUAAAGAAUGUUUAGUAUUUUACUAAGAAAAUGUAAGUGCUGCGUGCCGGUGCAAAAACUGUAACGCUUAAUGCUUUGCUAAAGCCAGCGCUACUAA